CUUCCUCUGGAGGAAUGAAUGGUUCAUCAAUAAACAUAGGUGCUAUAAUCGCGUUAGACACAACUAAUCGGAAACUAGCUAGGACUGCUAUUGAAUUGGCGGUUGAAGACGUAAAUAGAAAUACCAGCGUUCUGAAUGGCACGAUCCUUAAUAUUCAUAUCCGAGACUCCAAACAUGAUGCACUGACAGGCGCUUCUGCAGCAUUGGAACUGAUAAGAAAAGGAUGUGUAAGCAUAGUCGGUCCACAGACAUCCGUGGUGGCUGAGUUCGUUGGGUAUUUGGGCGUUGCAGCGCAUGUUCCAGUUGUGACAUUUGGUGCAACAAAUCCCUCUCUCUCCAUGCAUCGAUACCCUUACUUCAUUCGUACAGUACCCAAUGAUAAAAUGCAAAUGAGGGCAAUAGCAAAGCUGGUAGACCUGUAUAGAUGGAGGGAUGUGGCACUUGUGUAUGAUGAUAUGGGGACAGGGGCCGUCCCCGCCAUAACGGAUGCCUUGAGAGAAGUGGAGGCAAAUAUUGUUUUGAAAGCUGCAGUGCCUCCCCAGGCCAACGUCUCUUCAAUGAGAAAGCUUCUUGAGGAUGAGCUGAUGGGGUUGGAGUCGCGAGUAUUUAUCGUGCAUAUGCAUGAUGAUUUAGCUUUAAUGCUGUUUUCCGAGGCGUCCAAAUAAGGAAUGAUAGGCAGUGAGUAUGUAUGGAUCAUUACGGAUGCAUGUGCCAACCUAUUGGAUUGGUUCAAUGCUACUUCUCUCCUUUCAAUGAAUGGUAUCUUGGGAAUCAGAAGAACACUCCCACAAACCGAUCAGCCAAGGAUGAAUGAAUUUGCUAAAAGAUGGAAGCAGCGAUUUAGAGCACAGAAUCCUACAAUACAAAAACCGGAAUUAAAUGCCGGUGCACUUGUUGCAUAUGAUACAGCAUGGGCGCUUGCUUAUGCAAUCGAUCGUCUUCUGCGUCAGGGAUCGUUUGAUGGUGGUUUUUCAGCAACCUCUAGCAGCACCAAGAUUUUAAAUUUCAAGAUUUUUGACGGUGGAGAGGAUUUGCUUAAUCAGAUUCUUGAGACAUGCUUUCUUGGCCUUAGUGGCCCUGUUCGAAUAAGUCGAGAAAGGGAUGAAACUUUGGAGUGCUCAUAUGAUAUAAUAAAUGUGAUUGGAAAUAGUUAUAAAGCAGUUGGGUCGUGGACAGAAAAGGGCCUGAAUAUAUCGUCGAAACACUUAGUUCAUUGGGGCGGUGGAUCAAGAAAGAAGCCGCGUGGGUGGGUGAAACCUGCGCCAGGCCAAAAACUUAAAAUAGCGGUGCCUUGGCUGCAAGGGUUUACACAAUUCAUCCUAGUAAAAGAAGAUCAUGCUAACGCUGGUGCACAAAACCAGAUUUAUGAGAUUACAGGCCUCUCCAUUGAUGUGUUCAAAUCAGUGGUCAAAAGACUGGAUUACAAAUUGCCCUAUGAAUUGAUUGUUGAUAAGUGAUCCUGCUCUAGCAUGCAGCUCCAUGCAACUCCAGUUUGGACAUGAAGCUAUCCAUUCAUCACCAUGCAUAAGCUAUUUUUAGUUUAAAUUAUUUUUUUGUUUAUUCAUGCAAAUAAAGCAUGUACUCC